AUGGGGGUGGAGGAGCAGGGGAUGGUGGUGGUAGUGGUGGUGGUGGAGGUGGUUAUGCAUACCAUGGAGAACAUCGGUUUCCAGCGCAGUGGGAAUUCCGAGUUUGAGGAAGCUUUGGGAUGGGCCGCCGGGGAACAUUUUAGCGCCGCACGAAGGUUUGCGCCAGAGCCCCAUUCGGGACCCGCAUCAUGCACAGUCGAGCAGGCGAAAGGGCACUAA